AUGACAAAUUCUACAACAUCUGCACUUGUUAUACAUCAUUCAAAUCCUGCUCAUGGACAUCAAGCAGCACCUGAUGUUAUUGUAGAUGCUUUACCUUAUUAUGAUAGUGGAUAUGAUGAACCGGGUGCACGUGAAGCUGCUCUUAGUUUAGUAGAAGACGAAACUCGUCGUUAUAAACCAACAAAAAAUUAUUUAGAACAACUUGGUCAACCUCUAUAUCAUUCAUUUGAAACAGAAAUAAUGAAAACAGAAUUUGAACGACUUUCUAAUCGAUUACCUAUGGAAAUGUUAAGCAUGAAACGUUAUGAAUUACCAGCACCACAACCCGGUAAACAAACUGAUUUUACAGCAUGGAAUGAAUGUGUUGAAAAUUCUUAUGCUCAACUUGAACAUCAACAAACAAGAAUUCUUAAUCUUGAAUUAAUGUGGGAUUAUGGAGCAAAUACAUGGAAAAUUUAUAAUACAACAUUACAAACAAUGUUAGAACAAGCACAAAAACAAUUAUUAGAACUUCGAAAACAUAUUCAAGAAAUAAAUUUUAAACGUAAAAAUGAACAAACACAAGCAGGUAGUAAAUUAAGUACACUUGAACAAACAUGGGUUGGUCUUGUUGGUAAAAAUUAUGAAAUUGAAUGUGCAAUUAAUGAAUUAGAAAAAGAAGUUAUUAAUUUACGAAAACAACGAAACUCAAAUGGAGUCAAUUCAUCGGAACAAUGA